GGCGCGCCAGCUCAGCGUCCACUAUCCGCCCAAGAACUCGGCUCUGGUGUACCGGCCAGCUGUCGUCCUCAAGGGCUCCCCUCUGACGCUGACCUGCGACCUGGAUGACCCCGGAUACCCCCAGGCUACCAGAUACAUCUGGAUGCGCGGCCAGCACGUGUUUACCGACAUGACGGAGAGGACGUGGAACAUCUCGUCGGUCUCCCUGCAGGACAGCACCAACUUCAGCUGCGUGGCCACCAACAGCGCCGGCAGGAGUGGUGUGAGCCGAGCUGCCAUCACCGUGAUGGGUAAGCCGCGGUUUAUCCAGGAGCUGCCGCCCCACGUGGGUACUCAGCUGAACUCGUCUGUGGUCUCCCUGACAUGUCGAGUGGAGUGUUUUCCUCUUUGCGAGCUCCGCUGGUUCAAGGACGGCCAGCGUAUCGAGAACGGCGCUGUGUACAGCAUCAACAGCGACCACCGAGCUCCGGACCUUCGGACCAACACUCUGCAGACGGUCACGUCCACCGUCGCCUGGAACACGACGUCCUGGCCAGAGCAGGCGUCGCAGGGAGCGGCCAACACGUCCCGCUUCAGCUGCCGCAGCACGUCCAACGGGCUGGGGCCGGCGGUCGUCAGCACGGCGCUCUUCCACCUCGAGUCCCCGCCGCACAACGUCAGCGUAACUUCUCCUGUUGUGGAGGUUGUGGAAGGCGAGGCGGCCGCCGUCGUGUCCUGCUCGUCAGACGCCUUCCCGGAGGCUGCCUACACCUGGAGUCGGGACGGCGAGACGGUGCAGGCGGGCAGCGAGCUUCGCCUCGGUGACGGAGGAGGGGUGCGGCGCUCGCAGGCCGGCCACUACGUCUGCCACGCCCACAACCGGCACGGCCACGCCUCCGCCGAUCUCGACGUCCGCGUGCUCUACGCUCCGGAGUGCCGGCUGCGGCAGCGGCGCACCGAGGCCGGUUCGCUGCUGGUCUGCCAGGUGGACAGCGCGCCUGCCCAGCUGACCUUCGUCUGGGCCAGGGACAACCAGACGGUGGUGGACGGCGUGGCGACGGUCGGCGCCGUCAGCACACUGACCGCGCCGCCGCACGGCGACGGCUCCCUCGUCUCCUGCCGGGCCAGCAGCUCACUCGGGGUCGGCCCGCCAUGCACCCUGCUCGUCGCAGGCGGCGGCGACAGCUGGGCGGAGCGGAUGAGCACCGACACUCUGACACUGGCGAUCGCUGCCACCGGCUCCCUGCUCCUGCUCCUGCUCCUGAUCGGCGGUGGACUCCUGCUCCUGCGCCGCAGACGCGCCGACAAACAUGGUGUCUCCAGUCAUCCCAAGGAAAGAGAGGCCCUGUGCCGGUACGGAGGGCCGACGCUGGUGCGCUCGGUGCUCCUCCCGAGGUCUGCGGGCGCAUCCUCCGGCCGGAGGGCAGUCUUAACUCUGAGAAGAUUUGAGAUCGAAUCUGACUGGAAGGAGGACAAAGCUGAUGGAGGAGCGGGUUCGCUGGCCGUGACGCCCCCGCCAGAAGACCGGGUCGUGUCGGAGCCGGGGCUGGGGCCGACCGGCGAGGGGGCCACCCACCGCAGCAGUCCUCCGUCGCUGGUGCAGCUCUGCGACGGCGGCACCAGUAGGCCGUCCAGCGGGCUCAGCCUGAACGACUCGUCUGGCUACGGGAGCUCGUUCUCGCGCGCUCCGCCGCUGUACGGCUCGACGCGCUCGACCAGCAGCCUGCAGCCGGCCUGGUGGCGCCCCCUGCGGCAGAUGGAUGCCGAGCCGAGCGGUGCCGGCCACUGGUCUGACUCGGAGUCGGCUCGGCCGGAAUUGGGCGCCGCGCCCGACGGGGCGCCACCCGAGACGCAGUCAGUCGACGCAGCCUAG